AUGGGGGACGACAACUUCACCACUACGACAGAAUUCAUCUUGGUGGGACUCUCCAGUGACCGUAAGACACAGAUUCUCCUCUUCGUGCUUGUUCUCCUCAUGUACAUCUUUACCCUUCUGGGAAACCUAGGGGUUAUAGUGCUGGUGCGAGUCGACUCCCACCUCCACACACCCAUGUAUUUCUUCCUCUCACACCUCUCAAGUGUGGAGAUCGGUUUUAUCACUAGCACUGUACCCCAGAUGCUGAACCACCUUCUAACAGGUCGUGGAGAAUUGUCCUUAGUCCGUUGUGCAUUACAGAUGUACAUGACCUUGGCGCUGGGUUCUGUCGAAGCAAUUCUGCUGGGCAUCAUGGCUUACGAUCGUUACUUAGCCGUCUGCCAUCCCUUAGUAUACGCCUCAGCCAUGGGGAAAUGGCGGCAGUUCCAGCUGGCCUCAGCCUGCUGGCUAGCUGGCUUUAUCAUUGCCGCCAUAUGUGUGAGCAUCACCUUCCAGCAUCCCUUCUGUGGCUCCUGCUGUAUCGACCACUUUGUCUGUGAGAUACCAAUGGUGUUGAAGCUUGCAUGCAAUGACGCCCGCGUCACACGACAUAUCAUUGUUAUGUUUGCCGGGAUUGUCAUCCUGGGACCCUUUUCAGUCAUCUUGACCUCCUAUGGCCACAUUCUGUUCUCUGUGUUGCAAAUGCGGUCAGCCGCCGGACUGCGCAAGGCCUUCUUUACAUGCAGCUCCCACUUAAUAGUGGUCACUUUGUUCUAUGGUACCAUCAUCUUUGUGUAUAUAAGGCCUCAGUCAGGAACAUCUCCUGAAAAUGAAAAACAAAUGGCUGUGUUUUACCUCAUGGUCACCCCUCUUCUGAAUCCUCUCAUUUACACUCUGCGGAACAAGGAUGUCCAUGUAGCGAUGGCCAAGGCCAGAGAGACCGCCGCGGAGUUCCUCGCGGAGCUGCGACAACUCUCGGCGGACUGCAACUUCGGAGAGCACCUGGAGGAUGCCCUCCGCGACCACUUCGUCAGAACUCACUCCGGGGCACCCAGCCCCCGUCUGCCGAAGAGAGGCCCCCUGAGCCCGAACCUGCGGCCGCGGAAGCCCCGGCGCCACCUUUAUCGCCCGCUCCGGAGGUCAGGCCUCCCGAGGCCCCAGCACAGCAACCCAGACGCUCAGCAAGGGUACAAAAGCAAGAGCAGUUCUGACCCGCCCCGAUCCAGGUGGUUCCAGAAGUCAUCCGUGAGGGUGACCAACACCUUCUCCAUCCGAUGGCCAGAGCGGUAA